AACAUUCGUACAUUCGCACCCGGCCCACCAUAGACGUAUGUAUACAGGGGGAAAAACAAGGUAUUUUAACAUGAGAAUGGAUAACGGCAUCCAAAGUAGUAGUUAAGGUGGAUAAAGAAUCGAAUUUACUGGACUAAGUACAGAGGAAUGCUGUAAACAGGAUUUAAAAUCAACGCAACCACGAAGGCUCGGUCCAGCCCCCCGGUACUGGUCCGCCUCUCGCUGUCUCUCUGACCGUCGGUGGUGACUCACGGAGCCCGGGCCGUUCACGGAGCAUUGCUGACCGGUCGGAUACAUCUACGGAACGACCGACAGGAUUAAAGCAUGAAGUUCAAACCGAACCAGACGCGGACUUACGACCGGGAAGGAUUCAAGCGGCGGGCGGCGUGUCUGUGCUUCAAGAACGAACGGGAGGAUGAGGUUUUGUUGGUCAGCAGCAGUCGGAACCCGGAUCAGUGGAUCGUUCCCGGUGGUGGAAUGGAGCCAGAGGAGGAGCCAUGUGGAGCUGCGGUACGAGAGGUGUUUGAGGAGGCUGGAGUGAAGGGUAAACUGGGUCGUUUGCUCGGUGUGUUCGAGCAGAACCAGGACCGCAAACACAGGACAUACGUGUAUGUGCUAACAGUGACGGAAACACUGGACGCUUGGGAGGACUCUGUCAAUAUUGGACGUAAGCGGGAGUGGUUUCCUGUUGAUGAGGCCAUGAAAGUUCUGCAGAGCCACAAACCCGUUCAUGCUGAAUACCUGAGACGCCUUCAGAUCAGUCGCCCACGAACCAACAACGGCAACCUGCUCCUGCCCCAAACAUCUCCAAACAACCUCACACCACUCUACAGUGCACCGGCAUCAGCUACACGCAGAUAGGACACACACACCUAUAUGUAUAAAUAUACACACACACACCUCACUCCCAGUGGCUGACCUCCAUCUGAAUGGACAGUCACUUAAAAACCACUAACACACACAUCUCCAGGGCAUUUCUGUGUUGCCAUGGAGAUGACCCUGACAACACCUCUUAGGCACCUUGGGGACGUUCUUUAGAGGGACAAACCAAAGUCGUUACUGUGGAGAUUUUGGUGAAUGAAUGCCUUAACAUUUUAUUUUAUUUUUAUUUUUUAACAAAGUUGGUUUUUAAACUGUUACUGAUGUCUGAUUGGUUUAGUUAUUGUAACUAAAUGAUAAUUAUUGACCAGCUUAACACACAAGUCACAUGGAAGUGCACUUCCAAAACCCCUCGACCUCUCUCACCGCUAGGAUCUUGGCAUUCUGGGAUUGUCAUGUUGGGAAUGUCAUUUCCAUUUCCUUCAGCUUAAGUGUUUUACCUCACUGAUUUCACUCUGCUAGUGCUGUAAUGAUCCCAAACCUCCCUUUAAGACCUUUUAAUGCCCCCCUCACUGUUGCUCCUGACAGGAUAACAGGAUUUUACCAGAUCAGAGAUUCCGAUUGACAAGAUUGAGAUUGUCGGGAAUUAGGUGUGGGCAGGAGGGUUGUAAUCUGGGUACAGUUUCAAGUAUGUUCUCAUUUUAUGCUCUGAUUUUUUUUUUAAAGUUUGUAAAUAUACUAAAACACUGAAGAGGACAAAUAAUGUAUCAUGGUUUUUAACUACAAAUGCAAAUGUGUUAACCUUUCUUGCUCUUAACAAUUUAUAUGCAGUCUUUGUUUAGAUGAAUUUGACAAGAACAGAACUGUGAAUUUUGUCUGAGAAAAGAAAACGAUGUACAUGUGUGAAUCUGGGGAAACCUGUCAAAAACAUGGGCUGGUCAUUUUUCUCACCAAAAUCAAAAGAAAGGAAGAUAAAAUAUAUAUUUUGAAAUUGAAGCAUAAUUUUAGGACCAUUAAGAUUUUUCUAUUGUGACAUAGUUUUCUUGUCAAACACGUUCUGCCCAAUUCUGUUAUGAUUGUAAUCUAUAUAUAUAUAUAUACCGAUCAGCCACAACAUUAAAACCACCUGCCUAAUAUUGUGUAGGUCCCACUCUUG